UGAUGCUACUAGUGCGAAAAAGCCAACGAUCACUUCUGAAGGACGGGAAGAAACACAGUCACUUCUCGGAACACUUUCCCAUCUUUUCCACCUCCUCAGCGCCAUAAUAAUUAUAUUAGCAGAGUCUUGGUCCAACCAGAAAGCCUUCGGUCAUGUCGGGACAGAGGAAAGGAGUGGCAGCACGGCUCCUUAAAUGUGCCUUCUGCAGAACCAACCGGGACAAGGAGUGUGGUCAGCUGCUGCUGUCUGACGGCCAGAAGGUGGCAGCCCACCAUAAGUGCAUGCUUUUCUCCUCUGCCCUGGUCACAUCUCACUCAGACAGCGAAAACAUUGGAGGAUUUUCCCUCGAUGAUGUGAAAAGGGAGAUCAAGAGGGGAAAUAAAUUGAUGUGUUCUUCGUGUCACCGGGCGGGCGCUACUAUCGGCUGUGACGUGAAGACGUGCCGGAGGACGUACCACUACUACUGCGCUUUGAAGGACAAAGCCCAGGUCAAAGAGAACCCCUCACAGGGGAUCUACCUUGUUUACUGUCGCAAACACCGGGAUGCCUCUCACGAAGGCAUUGAAGAUGAAGAGGAAGCUGUGGCCGACGAAUCAGACGCGUCGCCUCCACAGAGCAGGGGCAGAGGGAGGUUUGAGAAGGGCAGAUCCAGGGUAGGACCUCGUGGCCAAUCAGAAGACAGCCGCUCAACCUCCUCACAGGUGGCAGACGAGGAGAGUUCCUCCCAUCGGGACAGGUCUCCUCUUCGAUCCAGCCCGGGAGACGGCGGUCAGCGCUGUGGCUUCUGUCAUGCCGGAGAGGAAGAGAAUGAAACGAGGGGCAUGCUUCACUCCGAUAACUCCAAAAAAGUGGCGGCACACUACCGGUGCAUGCUUUUUUCAUCGGGGACAGUGCAGCUCACCACCUCGUCACGGGCCGAAUUUGGAAACUUUGAAGUGAAAACAGUCAUCCAGGAAAUCAAGAGAGGGAAAAGAAUGAAAUGCACACUCUGCUCUCAGUUGGGUGCAACCAUUGGGUGUGAGAUUAAAGCGUGUGUGAAGACCUACCACUAUCACUGCGGCCUGCAGGACAAAGCCAAGUACAUUGAAAAUAUGGCGCGUGGCAUCUACAAACUAUACUGUAAGAACCACAGUGGCAAUGAGGAGAGGGAUGAAGAGGAUGAAGAACGAGAGAAUCGCAGUCGACAGAGAGCAGAAAACAACAACGGAGGAACACCGUCAACGCAAGUCAAUGGCAACUAGGUUAGCCGGAUGGACGUGAUGUGGGGACAAGACAGAAGAGCUCAAAGACGAGGAAGACAUAUCUUUUUAUACUAGAUCUUAGCUUACUCACAAAGUCGUGGUCUACAAGCUCCCGCAAGUCCUUCACAUGUUUUCUUCCAGUAAACAAACACUAUGUGCAGAUGUCCCCUUCAUGUGAAACCCUGUAAAGAGUUGACUGGAUGAGCUUUUCACAGCCUGGUGGCACUCUGCAGACUGCUGCUAGAUCAUGAAAGAAGAGCCAUUUUCAACAAGACCCAAUGUUUAGUUCAAUUUCAUUGCAUUGUUUCUGUGAAUGAGAACCGAUGGACUGAUCUUCUGAUUGUCACUCACUGCCCAUUUAUCCACAGAUUACAUGACACACACACACUUGCUGAAAUCGAUGCAUUCUUGCUCUUCCUUCGCUUCUACAGGACUCACUUUUAAGAGGAGUCUGUUUGUUACUCGUCUCUUUCAAGUGGUGCGGUUUGAUUAGCUUGUUUCUGUAAUCAUGUCUUAAAGAGUACUCUUUUCAUGCUAGCCUUUCUCUUGAUAUGUAAUAUUUUGCUACCGUGUUAUCAUUCAUGAGACAUUUUGAAUAUCUGGAUUUUCAGACGGUCAAGUCCAAGUUUUGCCAGCAUGCCCUUGGAUUCUCCCACUGUUCAAGGUGGCAUUUUUUUUAUUUAGUCACAAAAGGGCAAAGUAGAGCCCUUUAGAGAAGGUGGCUUGACUUUGUUUGAUGUACUGUUACUUGUAUCUCUACCAAUGUAUCCAUGAAUGUUGGGAAAUAGAAAAUAUUUUAUUUUACACAUUUAA